AUGGAGGAUGUGAAUGUGUCAAGGGUGACGGAGUUCUUCCUCCUGGGCCUGUCUCGGAACCAGGACCAACAGAUGCCACUCUUUGCACUUUUUCUCAUGAUGUAUUUGGUGACUCUUUCGGGCAAUUGCCUAAUCAUGGUUGCAGUCACCAGUGAUCGCAGACUGCACUCUCCAAUGUAUUUCUUCCUGGGGAACCUCUCCUUUAUCGACAUUUGUUUCAGCUCAGUGACGGCCCCACUCAUGUUGGCCAAUCUUCUCCAGGAGAAGACCAUUUCCUUUAAAGCAUGCAUGAGCCAGCUGUUCUUCUUGUUUUGCACUGCCAGCAUGGAGUGCUUUGUAUUAGCAAUCAUGGCUUAUGACCGACUGGUUGCCAUCAGCAAUCCUCUGCGUUACUUAUUGAUCAUGGACUGGAAAACCUGCCUGGCCCUUAUAGUGUUCUCAUGGUCGUUUACCUCUCUCCAUUCCCUUCUCCACAUAUGCAUGGUUUCUUCUCUGAAAUUCUGUGGUCCAAACAAGAUCCAUGAGUAUUUCUGCGACCUCCCACCCUUGUUGGCCUUGGCUUGCUCAGAUACCUCCAGUUAUGAUCUUCUGGUAUUCACAGAAGGUUCUCUAGUAACAAUGAGCCCCUUUGUUUUCGUGGUGGUCUCCUACUGCCGGAUUCUCAAUAUCAUCUUAAAGAUUCGCUCCACAUUAGGAAGACACCAAGCUUUCUCUACUUGUUCCUCUCACCUCACAUCUGUAGGACUUUUCUUUGGAACCAUAUUCUUCACGUAUUUCCGGCCAUCCUCAUCCGGAUCUUUGGAGGAAAACCGCUCAGUGUCUGUGGUGUAUUCGGUUCUUACACCUCUUCUCAAUCCCUUUAUUUACAGCCUAAGGAACCAGCAAGUUAAGGCCGCCCUGAAGAAGCUCUAUAACAAGCAGUCCCCCAAAGAGGUCCCUGCAGCAAUCAAGUCAGUAUCAUUGUAA